AUGGCUCCCAUUGUCCACGUUAAGAACAUCGCGGCCACCACCGAGGAAAAGGCUAUCAAGGAUUUCUUUUCCUUCUGCGGAAAGAUCACCGACAUCAAAACUACCACCGAUGAGAAGACCAAGGAAGCUACCAUCACAUUCGAGAAAGAUGCUGCUGCUAGAACUGCAACCCUUCUGAACAACACGGAAUUGGAAGGCACCCAGAUAUCUGUCACCUCAGAAGAGACUGGUGACGAGGCCCCCUCAACCAAUCCCACCGAUCGUGACAGCGAUGAGAUCACUCAGGAAGAGAAGCCUCGCAGCCGCAUCCUCGCUGAGUACCUGGCUCACGGAUACGUCAUCGGUGAUGCUGCCCUCCAGCGCAGUAUUGAACUUGACCAGACGCACGGCGUAACGAGUCGAUUCAUGACGACCCUGCAAAAUCUCGACUCGAAGUACCAUGCCACCGAUCGUGCCAAGGCCACCGAUCAGUCCUAUGGCCUUACCCAACGAGCCAACUUGUUGUUCUCCGGCCUCAGCUCCUACUUCGAGAAGGCGACUAACACCCCCACCGGCCAGAAGCUGGUUCGUUUCUACACAGAUGGCUCGCGCCAGGUUCAGGACAUCCACACUGAGGCACGUCGUCUGGCCGAUCUCAAGAAGGAAUCACACGGAGGAAGCGCAUACAAGGCCUCGGGCUUGGAGAGAGUAUUCGGCAAGGAGAAGCCAGCUGAGACCUCGACUUCGACAUCCGGCGCUGGUACCACCGACAACACCGGUGUUUCACCUCCUGGCCCCGGAGCUGGCACAACCGAAUCUACCCCGAUAGCCCCGACUGGUCAUGCCGUCCCUUCCAAGGAACCUGGCUCGGAGAAGGUAUAA